AUGCCUGCUCAGGGCCUGGACAUAUGGCCUCAGAGCCCGCCACCCCCCACAGCCAGUGUCUCAGUAACCCAGACUGUUUGGAACCUGAGGAGAGGCAGUCGGAUCCAGGCUGAGACCACCCUGGAGGGUCUUGAGGCUGCCUUACCCCAGGCUGUGAGUAGUGGGCUCAGCCUAGUCCUGGCUCCUGGGUUAGUGCUCACCUGCCCCUAUGCCCACUCAGGGCCUGGAGGAAUGGCCUCAGAGCCCCCGCCAACCAGGCUCAGGAAGGCAUUCCUAGCUCAGAGUACCCUCCUGGAGUCUCCACUGGAAGGGGCUCCUGAGUGGGCCGCGCCACACCCCAAGGAGCAGAGGAGCAGUUCUUCCGUGUGCUCCCAGCACACUCCACCCCUGUCCAGCAUACCCAUGGCGCCUCCACCUUGCCCACCUGGGGAGAACCACCCACUCUGCCCCCGCUCAGGGAGAAGUGGUGGCCACUGCUCUAUCCCCCCCUCCCUUCCUUCCUCUUCUACCUUCUCUCUCUUCUCAUCUGGGUGCUGGAACCCAAGCGUGAAAGGGAGAGUCAGAAACUCUCAGUCUGAAGGCAGAGCGGGGCAGCUAAUUUCAAACGGCUUCUACUCUGGCCCCCAAGAAGGCGUGGAGGUCCCCGCCGGGUGGGCGAGGAGGGGUGGGCGGCCCCUCGCGCCCUGGAGUCGCAUUCGGCCACCAGGGGGCGCCGCCCCCCUCCGUCGCGGCCCGGGGAAGCCACCCGCGGAGGCUCCACGCCCAGCCCGCCACGGGACCCCCCUGCGGGCCCACAGCGAGCUAGGCGGUACUCCCACCACCCAGCUCGCCUCGGACAGUCCGCUUCCCUACCGGGGCGCCCUCCGGCCUGCGGGGCUCCCCGCGCCCACCGCACGCACACCUCCCCCUACUCGGGCCACCCCGGAGCCAGGGGACUGA